AUGGAAGUACGUAGCCAUGACAUCAAAUCAGAGGAAGAAAUGGUCAAAUGGAGGAGAAAUAGAGAGGAGGAACAGGUUUCUGAACUAAAAAACAAAGAACAGAACCAGGCAGAAACAGAAGAUGGACUAGCAAGGAAGAAGAGAUCUACUGUUAACUUCAGAAGAAGAAAAGAAGAGAUAACAGAACCAGGAAAGUCUGCAUGUGUUCUGAAAGCCAAACAGGAUUCUUUUGACUUGGGCAAUGUACUAUGCAGUCUCUAUGGCCGAGGUACAUCUGAUGACAAAGGACAAGUUCUGGCUAUACUAAAUGCAAUUGAAGCACUUCAGGAACUUCCGGUUAAUGUUAAGUUUCUGCUUGAAGGCAUGGAAGACGUAGGAUCCCAAGGGUUACCUGCACUACUUGAGCAACAAAACACAACAUUUUUUUCUGAUGUUGAUUACAUUGUGGUCACUGACACCCCUUGGCUCAGCAGCAAACCUGGUAUUACAUACGGAACAAGAGGAAACAGCUACUUCUUUCUUGAGAUUUCUAUUAUCCCUGUAGUGUUUAGUGGACAUGAAAAUUAUCUUUCUAAACCACUUCAAAGUCACUUGGAUUUUUUUCCAGACAGUCUUGUUGAUUCUGCUGGGCAGAUUCUGAUCCCUGGAAUUUAUGAAGCUGUAGCUCCUCUCACAGAAAAAGAGAAGAAACUCUAUGAAGGAAAUGAAUAUGACCUAGAUCAGAUCAAGGCCAAAUAUGGAAUAAAACACUUUCUUUACAAAACUAAGUUAUAUGAUAUCUAUAUUUUUAUUUUAGAAGAAUUAUUACUUCGAAGAUCACGCUAUCCAUCUCUUUCCAUCCAUGGAAUUACAGGAGCUUUUUCUGCACCUGGAACUAAGACUGUAAUCCCUGCAAAAGUAAUUGUAAAAUUUUCAAUACGUCAGGUUCCAAACAUGAAGCCUUCUGUAGUGGAGAAACAGGUGACAGACUAUCUGACCAAGAAAUUUGCUGAACGGAAGAGCUCUAACAGUGUUAAAAUAACCCAUGUCCGGGGAGCUAAACCUUGGCUAUCUGAUAUAAAUAAUCCUCAGUUUUUGGCAGCAAGGAAAGCAAUUAAAAGAGUGUUUGGCAAAGAGCCUGACAUGAUCCGGGUAGGUGGGACAAUUCCAAUUGUCACAUAUUUCGAGGAAUUGACUGGAAAGAGUAUAAUGUUAUUAGGAAUAGGAGGACCGGAUGAUGCUACGCAUGGGCAAGAUGAAAAGAUCAGCAGAUACAAUUUCAUUGAGGGAACAAAACUAUAUGCAGCUUUUCUUCACAAACUUGCAACUAUCUAG